AAACAAUUCAUCCGCAAUGUCAGGGCGGCCAAGACGAUUGCCGACGAGAGAGCCGUCGUCCAGAAAGAGAGCGCUGCCAUCAGAGCCAGCUUCCGUGAAGAGAGCCACAACUCAAACGUCAGGCGCAACAACGUCGCAAAGCUCCUCUAUCUGUUUACCCUCGGCGAGCGCACCCACUUCGGUCAGAUAGAAUGUCUCAAGCUGCUGGCCUCCCCUCGCUUUGCCGACAAGCGUCUGGGUUACCUAGGCACCAUGCUGCUGCUCGACGAGAACCAGGAGGUCCUCACACUCGUCACAAACUCCUUAUCCAAGUACUUGCCCAUCUACUGCUGUCUAUCCUUUGUCUACUUGCUAACGAGCACCNNCAGUGAUCUCAAGCACUCCAACCAGUACAUCGUCGGUCUCGCCCUCUGCACUCUCGGCAAUAUCGCCUCGGUCGAAAUGUCGCGCGAUCUGUUCCCGGAUAUCGAAACCAUCCUCUCCAGCUCCAACCCAUACAUUCGACGAAAAGCAGCCCUCUGCGCCAUGAGAAUAUGCCACAAAGUCCCCGAUCUACAGGAGCAUUUCUACGAAAAGGCCAAGCUACUCCUGACCGACCGAAACCAUGGUGUCCUCUUGUGCGGAAUGACCCUUCUCGUAAGCUUGUGCGAGGCAGACGAGGAAGAGGGCGGAGAGCAGGGUGUAGUUGAGAUGUUCAGACCGCUAGUUCCUACAUUGGUCAAGAUCCUCAAGGGUCUUUCCAGCUCCGGAUAUGCACCCGAACACGACGUUACCGGCAUUACCGAUCCUUUCUUGCAGGUCAAGAUCCUCCACCUGUUGCGAGCUCUGGGUCGCGGCGAUGUCCAGACGAGCGAACAGAUCAACGAUAUUUUGGCCCAGGUAGCCACAAACACCGACUCUUCCAAGAACGUUGGAAACUCGAUUCUCUACGAAGCAGUCCUGACCAUUCUGGAUAUUGAAGCUGAUUCUGGUUUGCGCGUCCUCGGUGUCAACAUUCUAGGCAAAUUCUUGACCAACAAGGAUAACAACAUCAGAUACGUCGCCCUCAACACUCUAAUAAAGGUUGUCGCUGUAGAGCCCAAUGCAGUGCAACGACACCGUAACACCAUCCUGGAUUGUCUGCGUGACCCUGAUAUUAGUAUCCGCAGAAGAGCUCUGGAUCUCAGUUUCACCUUGAUCAACGCAGACAAUGUCAGAGUUUUGAUCCGCGAACUUUUGUCUUUCCUCGAGGUCGCCGACGCCGAAUUCAAGCCGAUCAUGACAUCUCAAAUUGGUAUUGCAGCAGACAGAUUCGCCCCUAACAAGCGAUGGCACGUGGACACGAUGCUGAGAGUUCUCAAAUUGGCUGGUAAUUACGUCAAGGAACAAAUUCUGUCUUCUUUCGUCAGGCUUAUUGCAACUACCCCUGAGCUCCAAACUUAUGCAGCUCAAAAGCUGUACGCUACUCUCAAGGAUGACAUCUCUCAAGAAGGACUCAGCUUGGCUGGUGCUUGGGUGAUUGGCGAGUACGGUGAUGCCCUUCUGCGUGGCGGCCAGUACGAGGUAGAAGAGCUUGUCAAGGAAGUCAAACAGAGUGAUAUCGUCGACCUGUUCACCAGUAUUCUCAACAGCAGCUACGCCGGCCAGAUCGUCAAGGAGUACAUAAUAACCUCUGCCAUGAAGCUCACUACUCGUCUCACGGAACCCGCACAGAUCGAAAGAUUACGAAGGCUACUGGAGAGCAACAAUACCAACCUCGACGUGGAAAUCCAACAGCGUGCAGUCGAGUAUGGUAACUUGUUUGCAUACGAUCAAGUACGUCGUGGCGUUCUAGAGCGCAUGCCACCGCCAGAGAUUCGCGAAGAACAGAGAGUGUUAGGCGAGGCGACGAAGAAGCGACACUCGAAGGUUCCCAAGAUGAAGAAGCCUAGCCAGGUCACUGAGCAGGACAUGCUUUUGGACUUGAUGGGUGGCGACACGAACAUGCCUGCUGUCGACCUAAGCUCAACCAUCAACGGAUCACAACACAACGCAGACCUGCUCGCUGAUAUACUAGAUGGCGGCCAACCUGUGUCAAUACCUUCUCAGCCUCAUCCAACCACAUCGCCAGCGCCUGCUGGCAACAUGAGCUCAAUUAUGGACCUAUUUGACACGUCAUCGACUGCAACGACACCGCAACCGCCGCCACAACAACGCGCACAGAGUGCCGAUUUGUUCGGUGGGAUGACUUCUCCACCACCUCAGACGCAAGGAUCUCCGACCCAUACAGCUUUCGACAAGAACGGGCUCUUGGUCACAUUCCAGAUCCAGAGGAACGCUACUGCAGUGCAAGUGAUGGCUCGAUUCAGGAACACGGGUGGCUUCGAGCGAUUGACAGAUCUUGGCUUGCAAGCAGCUGUGCCCAAGAGCCAAAAGCUACAGUUGCAGGGUAUCAGCUCAAGUGAAUUGGACGGUGGAGAAGAAGCGACACAGCAAAUGCGCAUCAUCAGCGUCCAAGGAGUAAGUCAUGGCAGAAAUGUUGCGAACGAAGCAUGCGCUAACGAGUAUCACAGNCCUCCUCCCCCAAAAUUGCGCUUGCGAUUGAAGGUGAGCUAUGCACAAGCAGGGAGCCCAGCCACAACAGAACAGGUGGAUUGGUCAGAACCAGCA